AUGGUAGUUGAUUCAGCAUAUAAAACACAAAUGAGAUUCGCACAUGCUCUGUCCAUUGUUCGAGCUAUUCCACCUCAUAGUACUUUGCAGCCUGUAGUUGCAGAUAAACUUCAGUUCUAUGGUUUAUAUAAACAAGCUUCAGAAGGAGAUAUAAAUAUUCCCAAACCUUCUUCAAGGCAAAUUGUAGAUUAUGCAAAAUGGAAAGUAUGGAGUCGCAUGAAAGGCAUGAGUCCUAUUGAAGCACAAAAGUUAUAUGUAGACUCUUUAGUUCAGUUAUUAACACAUGUACUAUUUGAAUAUAUAUAUAUAUAUAUGCAUAUAUACAUAAUAUAUAUACUAUUUGCUGAUUUACAUAAUAAUAGCUUAUACAACGUUAUCCUUAUCAUGAACAAACUCCUUUCCUUAAAAAAGCUUUACAUAGUUUAA